ACGAACUCAUCUCUUGCAGCCAUGAUUCGUGUGAAAAAUUCGGUAGCAGGGUAAAGGUAGGACCAAGAGCGAAAUAAUUCGUAGUAUUAUGAUUUAAACUGAAAAACAUUACUGGGAGACAAAGCCUUUUCUCCACUGACCUGGAUAUACCUAUAACAUCUAAAAGUGCUAAGUGUGUGAGGUGGAAUUAGAUUUAAACCUGCUUAUUGAUGGUUAAAAUUGAUCUACCAGACCAGAGGUAGCUGCUACCACAAGAAAUCUUGCCAAAACCAGACAUCUUCUUGAUGACAUUUUCAAAAUGAUGGAGUGAAAAAAAUUGAAAAGAGAUGAGUUUACCUCGACCAUCAGGGCUAAAAGCCCCCUCUAAGAUUGGCAAACCUUCUGGUAUGCCAACUCCACGUCCAUCAGGUACAAGCAUCCCAGCACCUGGCUCUGUGCAUAAAGUGCAAAGCCCUGAGCUGCCCAACCCCCCACCUCCUGCUGAUGACUUUAUCAUUGGGGACAGAAUAUGGGUGUCCGGCAAUAAGCCAGGAUUCAUUGCCUUCCUUGGGGAAACCCAGUUUGCACCUGGAGAAUGGGCAGGUGUUGUGUUAGACAAACUAGAGGGAAAAAAUGACGGGUCAGUUCAAGGUGUUAGAUACUUUCAGUGUGAAGCUAAACGGGGUGUCUUUGCCCGAAUCUCAAAACUAUCACGGACACCUAAUCUGAUGCAAUCAACAGCUGCAAGGCCAGAAGAAAGCAUGUCUGAGUCAGGACAGAAUUCUGUUAAAGCAACACCAAACGGUUCUCACAUGAGGCCCACGACUCCAAAAUUAGGAUUAACAGCAAGCAGAGGACCUUUAGGUUCAGCGUCUAGUUUAACAAAAGCACCAGCCAUGACACUUGGAGGAAAACCAACAUCUGUUGGGAGUAAACCAGUGUUAAAGAUUGGUGACCGUGUGUUGGUUAGUGGGACUAAGAUGGGCACACUCCGAUAUGUCGGGUCUACAGAUUUUGCUAAAGGAGACUGGGCAGGUGUGGAACUGGAUGAAAAGCAGGGUAAAAAUGAUGGUGCUGUGGCUGGCAAAAGAUACUUCGAUUGCCGCCCCAUGUACGGGCUGUUUGCUCCGUUACACAAAGUCACGCGCCUAACGUCUGGAUCUGGGCCUGGCGUUGGUACAGGAAGCACCACCCCAAGCCCUCAGGCACGUUCUCUGAUGAACACCAGUUUAAGGUUGUCUCGGGAACGAAGUGGGAGUCAGGAAUCUGUCAGCUCCAUCAGUUCGUCUGCAUCUAGUGUGUCACGAAGCCGGGUAAGACUGGGAGUGACGUCCUUGAAUAACCAGUUGCCUCUCCGUCAUAUCCAAAAAAAGUCACCAUCACCGGCCAAAACCAGCCAGCGACCCAGCACUCUUAACCUUUCUGCCACCACCACAGCCCUACAGAAAGCUUUAAAGGAAAAAGAAGAACAUAUAGAACAGCUUCUUAGGGAACGAGAUCUAGAGAGGGCAGAAGUUGCUCGUGCUGCAGCCCAUGUAGAUGAGGCUGAGGGAGAACUAACAUCUAUGCGUGUCCAGAAUGAGCGUCUUCGCGAGGACACAGAUGAUGCUGUGAUUAAGUUAAAGACAACGAUACAACAACUGGAGAAGGAGAAGGCAGACCUGCUUUGUAAAUUAGAGGAUGAAAAAAGGAAAGUAGAAGAUCUUCAGUUCCAGAUAGAAGAGGAAGCUAUCACCAAAGAUGACCUAGAGUCAAAAACAGAAGAAGAAGAGGCUAAAUUAAAGGAUCUAGAGAAAUCUCUGCGACGGGAAAAGGAAAGGGCAGACAAGUUUGAGCAGGACCUGUUUGGUUUGAAGGCCCUACUUAAGGACAAGGCAGAACGACUAUCCGAAACUGAGGAUCAAAAUGUUGUUUUCCUGGAUCAGAUUGAGGAACUUACUCAUAAAUUAUCUCAGGCAGAGAAUAAGGUCAAAGGUUACGAGUCCUCAAGACUUGAGGAAGGGGCAAAGACCAGCCAAGUAAGCAUAGAACUUGAAGAGAAGUCCUCAAAGGUAACAGAGCUUGAGGACACACUGUCAUCCCGUAACCGUGAAGUGAAAGAGUUGCAGAAUAAAUUAAGUGAAUUGAAUGAAGAAGCCAAAACCAGCACAAUACGCAGACAAAAAUUACAGGAAACUAUUGACAAUUUGACAGCACAACUUGCAAAUAGUGGUGAUGCAUCUAACAGUCUUAACACAGAAAUACAGAAACUCAAAUCACAAAUCUCAGAUUUACAACGACAACUGGACUCCAGCAAGGAUAAAGAACAACAACUGACAGAUGAGAAGAACCAGCUUGAACUACAAAUGAGCGAUAUGAUGAGAAACUCCGGUGAUAGCUCAAAACGUCUUUCUCUGAUGAACGAUCAACUCACAGAGAGGAAUAGAAAAAUUCAGGAACUACAAACAGACUUGUCCAAUUCUACUCAAAAAUGGGGAAGAAUUAACGAUGAACUGACACAACUUCAAUCGGAUAGGGAAAGGGAAAAAGAAAAUUUAAUUAGUAAACAUGAAGAAAAUAUUAACACAUUUAGGAGUCAAAUUGAAGACAUGCAAAGAGCCUUGGAUAAAGCCAACAAUAAAAUGAAAACAAAGUCAGAAGAUUUUGAAAAAGAAAAAGAAGAAGCCAUUAAACGCAAACAAGGGGAAAUCAACAGCCUUAAAAAACAGAUUGAACAAAUCAGGGAGGAACUUGACAAACAAGAAGUCCAGACACAAGCACACAAACGGGUGUUAGACACCAUUACCAUAGAGAAAGAGGCUCUACAGUUUGAGAAGGAGAAGGCCGAGAAACAUGUGAAGCGUCUGGAAGGGGAGAAAGAGACGUUGAACGGCAACCUUAUCCAUGCUCGUGUAGAGGUCACUAAAACACAGUCAGCUAAUGAAAAACUUGGAGCAGAACAAACCAACCUAAUGGAGCAGAUCUCGGACCUCAAAUCUGAGAUCGAUAAAUCUAACAAGUCGAAAAAGGAGUUGCAAAAACAGAAAGAUGAUGCUCAAUCAGAGAAAGACGCUGCUAUUAUUGAAAGGGAGACUCUACAAAGGGAGGUAAUAGAGGGCAAGGUCACACUACAACAAAAAGAUAUGCAGAUUGAGGAACAACAGAAGAAAUCAGAUGAACUUCAGAGAGAGAUUGACAAACUAAGAAUGGAGACAAGCCAACAUGAAGAGAGGAUAUCACAGUUAUCAGAGCAGGAAAUGACCUCAGGGGCAUUACAGGAACAGCUAGAAGAAAAUAAGACAAAGGUAGCCCAGCUCCAGACAAAACUAAAGGACAUGGAGGCAGAGAGAGACUCUAUGAAGGCACAACUGGAGUUUGCCAACCUGGUCACCGAAGAACGCAAACGGCUUGAAGAUCAGAACGUCCAACUAACUAAGGAUAUGGAGACACUUCAGACGCGGUUUAGUAAAGAGUUGGAAAAACAUGACGCUGCAAAAACAAGUCUACAGACCGAGCUUGACAACUCUUCUCAGUUGUUACAACAGAAAUGUGAGGAGGUGGACACUUACCAAAAACAGAUUGCAAAUCUGAAGAAUGAGAAUUCUUCAUUGGAAGUGUACCGGUCAUCAGUGUCGUCCCUGGAGGAAGAGAAGUUGGAGUUUAAGAGUGUUAUCAAGAGUCUGGAGCAGGCCGUUAAGGAUGCCAAGGCAGAGGCUAGAGCUGCAGCUCAAGAGGCAAAGAAUGCAGUGGAACAGGCCAAUGCCAAUAGUGUGGCAGUCACAGGUGAUGCUCUGACUACAAAGCUUCAGGAGGAGAAGACAGCCAUGGAGGGACAGGUAGAUUUCCUCAACUCUGUCAUUGUGGAUCUACAGAAGAAGAAUUCUGAUUUGAAGAUCCGUCUUGAGGCCAUGGAAGUUGGUGUCGUAACCAAUGGAAACAGCAAUGACUCUAUGGAAGUGACUCCUAAAGCAAAGGCGCCCCCACGUCUCUUCUGUGAUAUUUGUGAUGUGUUUGAUGAACAUGACACGGACGACUGCCCACUUCAAGCCAUGGACUAUGAGGAACCAGCACCCUCCCAACACCAUGGUGACCGCAAGCAUAUGCGAUCCUACUGUGAUAUCUGUGAAGAAUUUCACGAACCUUGUGUCUUGCCAGAUGGCAUCGUUGAUGAUGUUUUGAGUCCAAUUAAGGUCAAUGUUACUCACGCCCGUGAUGUCGACAACAAUGGCGGCCCUCUUGAAACUACCACACUCAUAGGUGCUGACAAAAAUGAUCUAGAACAUGAAAUACCGGAAGAACCUGAGGAUACAAAAAGUGAACACGACGGCGAACAUACUGACCAUAGUUAUGGCCAUGAUGAGGGAACACAUUGUGAUAUGGGUAUUUAUGAAUCUCUAUUGAAACCAGACGAUACGGAUGCACAGUAUAUCUCAGAUGAAGACUUGAUUGAAAAGGGAGAUUUCGUAAAAGGUGAGAGAGAAGACAGCGAAGAAUAUCUCCAGGAAUCUGAUGAAUAUCACAUACCGUCUAGUUCACCUGAUGACGACGUCGAGGUUGAAAAAUCAGACAAAAACGACGAUGAAAUCAUCGAAUCUGGCGACCAUAGAGAAGAUGCAGAUGCUGAUUUAGAGGCUAGAUAUGUCGAUGAAUCUGUAGACGAAUUUCUGGAAUUAGAAAAACAGUUAGCGGCAGAAUGUGAUCAAACGGAUUCGGGUAUUCCAUCAGAUAUUGAACACGGACCGGAAGAACUAGCUACAGGAUAUGAUGAGUACAUGCAAGCUAUUCAAGACCUCUCUAGUCAGAAAAAUAAACAAGAUGAAGAAAUUUCCGAUUCUGAUGGCGAAGCCAAUUCAGAUGGUAUAAAUGAGAAUGAAUAUGCUGACACACAGUCAGACCUCCCUCAGAACUACACCAAAGAAACGGGUAUUGAUAAAAUUGAUAACAGUGACAUAGAAGAGAGUGUUGAUCGACAAGCAACUGAAUACCAACAAGGACAAGAGCUGAAUGACGUGAAUGAGGAAAGUAAUAUCGUUUCAAUGGAAGAGGAAAGGGAUGACAAUACAAACCAGGGGACGAUGGGGUAUUCGUCGGAACCUCAUGCAGACUUGCAGUCGGGUAUUGGGAGCAUUGACAAAGACGGUGCUAUCGACACUGAAAAGGACAGCGAGUCUGAGUCUUACCAAUGUUCUUCAGAGUUAGCAGAAAGCGCGGCAAACAUGUCAGACUGUGAUAAAUCUGCACUCCUUGAAACAAGGGAUCUGAAAGAUGAGAAUACAACCGAUAAAUCGGCCGAUGGGGAACAACGGGAAAAACAAGACCAUCUUGAUACAGAUGUUGAAAAGAAUGAUAACGUUUUAGAAAGUGAUUGUGAAAAGCAAGGAAUGGAAUGUGGAAGCUUAGGUUCGCCCGAGUUUUCCUCCGAUGAUAAGGAGGAGAAAUGUAAACUUAGUUAAAUGACGAUUGAGAAUAUUGUGCCUCCUAUUAUUAAAAUAUUUUUCUUCCUUUACAGGUUUGCUCAAGUAGAUGUGUCUAUUUUCGUAUGCUGUUAUUUCGUUUUCUACUUGAUCAAUUCCAUGAAUUUAUUUUUGUUUGAUUUGUAAACUUUAGAAGAGAUUGUUGUGAUAUUUGUUAAUUGUCGUUUUAUGAUAACAUUGAUAUUUCAUCACAAACAUAUAUAUUUAUUUCACUUAUGUUGGAUGUAACUAUUUAUAUUGUUCAUAUAACUGUGUAUUUCUCAUUGGUAUUAACGAUAUGGUAAAUCCCUACUUCUUUGUUAAUAAAACACAACUGCUGACUCAUUAUAACAACAAAUUAGACCUCUACUGUUUCAUUAAGAUUUCUUUUUCUCACAUACUUAACAGGACGACCCCAUGGUUGUUAGAAUGGGAAAUAUCUUACAUCUGGCACGCGCUAUGACGUUGCCCACAAUAGUGUAGCGUCAUCAUUGUAUGUAGCGUAAUCAUGUUGCUAAAUGAUGACGUCAUCACAUUUCAUGGACCAUUGUUUCACAACAACUUAUUUUUAUUUAAGUUUGUGAGAAAAAUAACCAAAAAUGUUCUUUGUUCCGAGGACAGAAAUAUCUUAACCUUCGUCUUAGAGUUUGACUGGCCAGCACUAGAAAAGCAUUAUGGUCUCUUGCCAAACUCUGUAACUCGGGGCGGAAUAAUCCGUCCCAGGAACAAACUCAUGUAAGACUCUGUUAAAUUAGCCCAUUCUGUUCUAGACAUUAUUUAUGUAACGCAGAAUUUGUACUCAACAUUAGUGAAUUGCUUCAUGCUGACGGACUUGUUUAGGUCAAUGUUCUAGAUAAUAUCAUUGAAAAUGUAAUGUUCAAUUGAAAGAGGUAACAGCAGCCGUUACAGUUUGAUAAACAGGUGUUACAGUCGUCGUGAAAAUACCAGGUAGAGCUCAACAAUAAUCUAUUGUUUUUUUGUCGAAUGUUCGUAUUUAUAUAUUUUAUACAUUUGAACUAACCUGUGAUGUAACAUGAUGUACAAAUCUACUAGCAUAUAAGUUUAUAAUUUUCAACCGAGAUACUGAUAUCAAUAAAGAAUCAUACCCUUG